UUCUAUCCAUAAAAUAAAAAUAUGAAGCAUCUUAUUUUUGUUUGUAUUGUGGUCUUGUGGGCAUAUGUAUACCCAAGCAUGUCUCGAAUGUUAGAUGAUUCAUCGGUUGUUGAAGCACACCAACAAUGGAUGAUGAAGUAUGGAAUCACAUACACAAAUAGUUCAGAAAUGAAGAAACGCUUACAGAUAUUCAAAGAAAAUUUAGAUUAUAUUGAGAAUUUUAAUAGUGCUGGUAACAAAAGUUAUACGCUCGGCUUAAAUCCAUAUUCUGAUUUAACUACUAAAGAAUUUAAGGCUUCUUACACUGGACUCAAAGUUCUUAGCCAUGUUUAUUCCUCCAAAACCAGAUCGAAUCCAGUACUCUUCAACAUCACUAAUAAUAUUCCAUUAACUAUGGAUUGGAGAGUGAAAGGAGCGGUGACUGAUGUUAAGAAUCAAGGACAUUGUGAUGGUUGUUGGGCUUUUGCAGCUGUGGCGGCCGUAGAAGGUUUUUGGAAAAUAAAAAUGGGCAAUCUACUGACAUUGUCCGAGCAACAACUAAUUGAUUGCGAUAGGAGUAGCGACGGGUGUACUAGUGGUAGUAUUGUCGGCGGCUUCGAUAAUAUAAUAGAUAACCGAGGUAUUCUUCAAGAAUCUCAAUAUCCAUAUAGAGAAGGUGAUGGGACAUGCAAACAGUUUGAUAUGGACAAAGCUGAAGCUUAUAUAACCUGUUACAUAAAUCUAAAAAGAAAUGAUGAACAAAAUUUACAAAGAGCCGUGGCAGAACAACCAGUGGCAGUUGGUAUCUCUGCUGGGGAUGAUUUUUUUAAAUACAGCGGAGGAGUUUAUUCAGGAUCAUGUGGAGCAAUUUUAAACCACGCCGUUACUAUAGUUGGCUAUGGGAAAACUAAAAGUGGGUUGAAAUAUUGGUUGAUUAAGAAUUCUUGGGGUAAAAAUUGGGGUAUGAAUGGAUACAUGAUGAUAAAAAGGGAAGGUGGUGGACUUGAAGGUCAUUGUAGCAUUGCUACUCAUGCUUAUAUUCCAUGUAUAUAUUGAAUCUUG